GUGCCACUGCACACUGGCUAGAGUGUCAGUGCCCCCCCACCCCACCUACCUCUGGUCUUGCCAAAGGAAGGAAAAGGUAGUAGCUAGCUAGGACCUGCAAGGCAUGGCUUCGCCGGCACCGGCGGGCGAUGCCGUGUAUGCGGCCAAUGGCGGCCUCACUGACCCGCUUCUAGUGAGCGCGAACGGCCAUGGUGCCGCCGCGAGGAAGGCUGGCCACGGCGCCAGGGGCAGGUACUGGGUGGCCUCCGACAAGGCCGAGAGGCGCGCUGCCAAGGAGUCCGGCGGUGAGGACGGCCGCGCGCUGCUGUUCCGGAAGUAUAAGGUCAAAGGCGCCCUCCUGCACCCCUACAGGUUGCUGAUCAUCAUCCGAUUAGUCGCUGUCCUCGCCUUCUUCGCGUGGCGCAUCAGGCACAACAAAUCCGACAUCAUGUGGUUCUGGACAAUGUCCAUCGUCGGCGACGUCUGGUUCGGCUUCUCGUGGCUCCUCAACCAGCUCCCAAAGUUCAACCCUGUGAAGACCAUCCCAGAUCUCGCCGCCCUCCAGCGGCACUUUGGCUACCCUGACGGCGGCGCCUCUAGGCUCCCCGGUAUCGAUGUUUUCGUCACCACUGCCGACCCCAUUGAUGAGCCCAUACUCUACACCAUGAACUGUGUCCUCUCCAUCCUGUCUGUCGAUUACCCAGUCGAUCGGCUAGCCUGCUAUCUCUCAGAUGAUAGUGGGGCGCUGGUUCUCUAUGAGGCACUGGCCGAGGUCGGAAAGUUUGCGCCUCUAUGGGUUCCGUUCUGCCGCAAGUACUCCAUUGAGCCAAGGGCACCAGAAAGCUAUUUUGAGCAUGUGGCACCGCCGCAGGCUGGAAGGGUGACGCAGGAGUUCUUGAAUGAUUAUAGGAGGGUGCAGAUGGAGUACGAUGAGUUCAAGGCGCGCUUGGACAACCUCCCUGAUGCCAUACGCAAGAGAUCCGAUGUUUACAAUAGCGUGAGAGAUGCAGGAGGAGCUCAAAAGGCAACUUGGAUGGCAAAUGGGACGCAGUGGCCCGGCACAUGGAUUGAUCCAGCAGAGAACCAUAGGAAAGGACACCAUGCUCCAAUUGCCAAGGUUGUGCUGAACCAUCCAAGCCGUGGACAACACCCUAUUACUGAAAGCAAUCCCAGCAUUGCCACCACUGAUGAGCGCCUCCCAAUGCUUGUUUACGUCUCUCGUGAGAAGAACCCAGGUUAUGACCACAACAAGAAGGCAGGUGCCCUGAAUGCACAGCUGCGGGCCUCUGCUCUCCUCUCUAAUGCCCAACUCAUCAUCAACUUCGACUGCGACCACUACAUCAACAACUCUCAAGCCCUAAGCUCGGCUGUGUGCUUCAUGCUGGAUCAACGGGACGGUGAUAACACCGCAUUUGUUCAGUUCCCACAGCGCUUCGACAAUGUUGACCCCACGGACCGCUAUGGUAACCACAAUCGUGUCUUCUUUGAUGGGACCAUGCUUGCCCUUAAUGGUUUGCAAGGGCCCUCAUACCUCGGUACUGGUUGCAUGUUCCGUCGCUUAGCACUCUAUGGUAUUGACCCACCCCACUGUAGAGCAGAAAACAUCACGGCCGAAGCUAGCAGGUUUGGCAACUCCACAAUCUUCCUAGAUUCAGUGUCAAAAGCCCUGAAAAAUGACAGGACAAUCACACCGCCACCAAUUGAUGACACAUUCCUUGCUGAGCUAGAGAGGGUUGUGACAUGUUCUUAUGACAAAGGUACUGACUGGGGCAAGGGUGUAGGGUACAUCUAUGACAUAGCCACUGAAGAUAUAGUAACAGGAUUCCGCAUCCACGGGCAGGGGUGGCGCUCUAUGUAUUGCACAAUGGAGCACGAUGCGUUCUGUGGCGUUGCACCAAUCAACCUAACUGAACGCCUCCAUCAAAUUGUGCGCUGGUCUGGUGGGUCUUUAGAGAUGUUCUUCUCCCACAACAAUCCAUUCAUCGGUGGUCGCCGGAUUCAACCCCUUCAGCGUGUCUCCUACCUCAACAUGACAGUCUACCCAGUCACAUCAGUCUUCAUCCUAAUCUAUGCUCUAAGCCCGGUGAUGUGGCUUAUCCCCGAUGAAGUAUACAUCCAGAGACCAUUCACUAGGUAUGUCGUGUACCUUCUUGUAAUCAUCGUGAUGAUUCACAUGAUUGGCUGGCUUGAGAUAAAGUGGGCGGGGGUCACAUGGCUGGACUAUUGGCGCAAUGAGCAGUUCUUUAUGAUCGGCUCAACAAGUGCAUAUCCAAUGGCAGUGCUGCACAUGGCAGUGAACCUCCUCACAAAGAAGGGCAUACACUUCAGGGUCACUUCCAAGCAAACAGCCGCGGACGACAAUGACAAGUUCGCCGACCUUUAUGAUUUUCGAUGGGUGCCAAUGCUCAUCCCAACAAUGGCAGUUCUGAUCUGCAAUGUUGGUGCCAUUGGUGUAGCCCUGGGCAAAACUGUGGUAUACAUUGGAACAUGGACAGCGGCGAAGAAGAUGCAUGCAGCACUGGGUCUGCUGUUCAACAUAUGGAUCAUGUUUCUCCUCUACCCAUUUGCACUAGCGAUCAUGGGGCGGUGGGCGAAGAGGCCAAUCAUCCUUGUAGUUCUGCUGCCGGUUGUCUUUGCACUUGUCGCGCUGUUGUAUGUAGGUAUCCAUAUCCUACUUGCUGGUCUGAUUCCAUUCUAGGUAGUAUAGAAAACAUUGUAAUUUCUUGUGUAGUUACCAAGGAACCAAUUAUGUUUUUUUUAGCAAA